AUUUUUUCCUAACUGAGCUAGUUUCUUUGAGCUUUUGCAUCUGGUAGACGUAAUAAAAAAUGGAUCGGCUGAAUUUAUUCAGCUUUAUUGUAAUAGGUUUGUCCUGUACAUGUAUUUUCGCUCGACCGGGUCAGUUAAAAGAACAAAAAUACGAGUUCCAAGAAUUUCACUCAAGCUAUACGCAAGAUAAUGUUGCAAGUUCUUCCAAUAAUGAAAGACUUCAAGAAGUUUCGAUUCCACAUGAAUCUGUCCCAUGGUCCCAACAACAUCCGAAUGAAGUGAACGCAUUUGCUGAAAUGUUCCGUCAAAACUACAAUAGGAUGGUGGCACAGCACAAUGAAAUGAUGCAGAUGCACCAACAAACCAUGGCGAAUAUGUUCAUACCAGUGACAUACGAACUUUAUCAUGUCCCUGUCGGAUAUACUUGGAAUAGCUACUUUGGAAAUAAACAGCAAUACGUUUAUGAUGAGACAGAACGAAUGUCUCGUCAGUUGAUCGAGGAUAUAGAACAAGGUCAUCGAACGCAACAGGAGCUGAUGAAUCCCAAUUUCUUUAUUGAACAAGCCGCAAGUGAGCUGAACAAAGUCCAUCAAUCACAUCAACCAAUCGAUUUUUCUGAUGUACAAGUCGCUGAUGAGAUUUCGUACCAACAGCAGCAACAACCAGUUUUUGUUGAAUCUGUCUAUCAAACUGUGAACCAAGAUGAUAAUCGCGCUGUAGUAUACAACGAAAGAACAAAUCAAUUAGAAUACGUCAGACGUCAAGAUUCUCUCGAGCCAUCUGUUCAUGUAGAACUAGCUAACUCCAUGAACGAACAUCAACCUUUCGAACUUGAAACCCAACCUUCAGUGAGAUUGAAUAACGAGAAAGUGAACAUAACAUUUGAUCAACAAGUUGAACAAAUUGAAGUUCACACACCAAUUUUUGUGGAAAUGCCAAGCAAACCACAACAGGAAAUUGAAAUGAUCAAAUCUACACCCAAGCCAUUGGCGUAUCAUCAGUCAACCCAAACAAACAAUGACGAAUUUUACGGCAGUACAUACGAUCAACAACCUAAAUAUGAUUUGCAGUUUGUUGAAAGCCUUUCGGCUGCUACAACGUCAUCAAGAGGCCACAUUAUGUCACUGGUAAGGAAUAGAACCCAAGGCAAAGAUAGCUCAACAACUCAAACGACAACAACUACCACUACAACAACACCUUUACCAACCACCACUAGUGGAAUAAUGUCAAUGCUUCCGAACAGAAAGCCGGAACGAAAUUAUAUAGAAUUAUACCAACAAAUACAAACGGAAUUGGAGAAAACAUUAAAAGAGAUAGCCGAUAAUGAAACAGAAGAAACGCAUUUCAUGGGAAUGACUAGUAAUAGUGACCAAGGUAAAUUGACGUAUGAAACGGUAAAUCAUGGGAAGAAUGAAAAAGAAUCUCGUGGAGAUCAAGGAAUUACAUCAGACGAUUACAACUACGAGGAGGCAACUGAACUGGAGCCUGGAUUGGAGUACCAUUCUAGGGCAAAUGAGUAUGCUUUUUCGUCAAGUACACCAGUUCCUGUACACACAAAUCCAUUUCAUUCGGCUGCGCUGGUUCCAUUUCCAACUACAAGCACAUUGCAGCCAUCAAACCCGUAUUACUCUGCGCCAUUGGCUCCAUUCCCUGAAGAGAUGUUACACGAACCAACCGAAGCUCAACAUCUACAAUACGCAGAAUUUUCAGAGAUUAUGGAUAUGAACCAGGAAGUCCAAACUAUAGAGCAUCAUUAUGGCCACUAUGUCGAAGCAGACACAAUUCAAGAUUUGAGCAAUCACGAUGAAAUGAACCAGGGUCAGUUACAAAUCCCUCAUGGAUAUGAAGAUACGCAACAAUAUGAAGAUCAGCAGCAGCGCUAUACCGAUGUCGGUGGAUCUGAGGAUAUUGGCCGCGGUUUAGAGCAUGAAGUAGAGCAGAAGUUUGAGAAGCAAUUGCCACCUGAACAGGCCUAUCGAAACCCAGAUUCGCAACACACAUUUAAAACGAACCCUCAACAGGAAGGUGGAGUACCAGCUCAUGUUCAGGAAGUGACAUUUACUUCAGGAUCAACAGCAGUCCAAAAUCAGAAGAAGAAUUGGUUCCAGCGGCAGUAUGAUAAAAUGAAGCACGCUUUGCGUGUUUGAUAAACAUCUUGUUAGAUACGAAGAAAAUAAAAUGCAACAAGUUGAAAAGGCAA